CCCGUAUUUUCCUCAUUGAACCCGGCGAGACCAUACCAGCAAGGUCGCUGGCUGCCAGCGCCAAAGAGCCACAACCACAUACCACUUGCUAGCGGCGGCAGCGGCAUUGUCCACGUCUGGGUCUGCGUCGAUCGCAACCACAACAUCACCGAUCGAGUUGUCGUCAAGCAGAGUUUUCCUGGCGCGCAGGGAUACAAUAACCCAGACUAUUGGGUUUUAGGAGCAGUUGGUGGAGAGCCNCUCGAACAUUCCAUUGCAAAUGCCCUCCAUUCAUGGUUGCGAACGAAUAGCCCCGCACAGGAGAAGUUCAUCAACGAAUGUUUGGGCUAUAGUGAUGUUACGUCUCUGCAGCCUAACUUACCUCAACUUAAGCUGUACUAUGAGUAUUUGUUAGGUGAUCUACCUAAAUGUAUCGAAUCUCAGUGGCCAACGUCAAAGAUGCGCAAGCGUCCUGGACGCUUGACAAGACAGAGAGUCGAGAUUGAACAGAAGCCUUUUCCCGAAGGAUUUUUGUGGGCUGUGAGUAUCACUAUCUGCGUCUCACACUCAAUCGAUCUUCUUCUGACCAUUCGUUCANNAUUGUUCGAAGCACUCGCCCAAGCUGCUGUAGCCAUGGAUAAUCUAGGCAUUGUCCAUGGUGAUAUACAAUCUGCAAACAUCUUCUUCGGCCAACCUGAUCCCAACCACUUCGCGAUCUGGCCGGUACCCAAGCUAGGAGACUUUGGUAGCGCCCGGAGGACCAAUGCUCAAGGCCAAGUGAACAGAUUUGGCAUGGGACCACAUGCAGAGGCUUUUGCUGCUCCGGAGCAGGACUUCGAUAACUCGGUGUGGCCAGCACAGCACACCGUGCAAUUCUUCGACCAUUGGGANCCCGACUCCCCGCCCACCGCACCAGGCAUGAGACCAGGAGGCUACGUCCGGAGACCUGCAACAAUCACGUGCAAGACAAAUACCUGGCAAAUAGGAAUGCUGAUGCUGAGUGCUCUUCGCCUCGAGCCAGAACUGCUUGAAACACAAUGGCGAUGGCGGCACCACGAUCCUGCCUACACAGCUCAAGUACCCCAGCAUCAAGCGAUGGGCUUUGGGCCUGGAUUUGCAUCUCAGCCUAUGAAGAUGAGACUUGAUGGCGUUCAGUCGCAAGGAUACAGCAGACAGUUGUUGACGCUGGUCAGCAAGUGUAUCAGGGUGGAUCCUGCAUACAGAAUAACGCCGCAACAACUGCUUCAGGAAGUGCGGAUCAAGAUGGUUGGGAGGGAUGGCGGGAUGAUGACAGCAACAGGCAGAUUCCCCUGGAACCAUCCUCAGGCUAUCAGAAUGAGUCUCAACGAUAAGUACAAGGUCGGCAAGAAGCCUUGUGCACCACGAAGAGUUACGUAG